GCGAACAACCACAGCGACAGCAGCAGCAGCAACGGCGACAUUAUAAGAGUAACGGAUCCCGCUGCAGCGGAUGUGUUCUUCGUGCCCUUCCUCGCUUCGCUCAGCUUCAACAUCUUCACCACCAAUGGCAUGCGAGGGGCGCUCGCAGAAAAGGACAAAAUUCUCCAGGAGGAGCUGUGGGGCGUGUUAAAGGUGUCGCCCUGGUGGCAGCGGUCGGGAGGCAGGGAUCACAUCAUCCCCAUGCUGCAGCCCAACGCCCUUCGCCACAUUCGCCAGCGCCUCGCCCCAGCCAUGUUCCUGCUGCUCGAUUUUGGCCGCGCCUCGCCCUGGCCAUGCUCCUCCUGCUCGUCUUCGGCCGUAUGGACAAUAGUCGUUCCAUACAAGCACAUGGUGCCAUACAAGCACAUGGUGCCAUACAAGCACAUGGUGCCAUACAACCACAUGGUGCCAUACAACCACAUGGUGCCAUACAACCACAUGGUGCCAUACAAGCACAUGGUGCCAUACAAGCACAUGGUGCCAUACAAGCACAUGGUGCCAUACAAGCACAUGGUGCCAUACAACCACAUGGUGCCAUACAACCACAUGGUGCCAUACAACCACAUGGUGCCAUACAACCACAUGGUGCCAUACAACCACAUGGUGCCAUACAACCACAUGGUGCCAUACAAGCACAUGGUGCCAUACAACCACAUGGUGCCAUACAGCCACAUGGUGCCAUACAACCACAUGGUGCCAUACAAGCACAUGGUGCCAUACAACCACAUGGUGCCAUACAACCACAUGGUGCCAUACAACCACAUGGUGCCAUACAACCACAUGGUGCCAUACAACCACAUGGUGCCAUACAAGCACAUGGUGCCAUACAAGCACAUGGUGCCAUACAAGCACAUGGUGCCAUACAAGCACAUGGUGCCAUACAAGCACAUGGUGCCAUACAAGCACAUGGUGCCAUACAAGCACAUGGUGCCAUACAAGCACAUGGUGCCAUACAACCACAUGGUGCCAUACAACCACAUGGUGCCAUACAACCACAUGGUGCCAUACAACCACAUGGUGCCAUACAACCACAUGGUGCCAUACAACCACAUGGUGCCAUACAACCACAUGGUGCCAUACAAGCACAUGGUGCCAUACAAGCACAUGGUGCCAUACAAGCACAUGGUGCCAUACAAGCACAUGGCGCCAUACAAGCACAUGGUGCCAUGCAAGCACAUGGUGCCAUGCAACCACAUGGUGCCAUACAACCACAUGGUGCCAUACAACCACAUGGUGCCAUACAACCACAUGGCGCCAUACAACCACAUAGCUCCGCCUUACACAGAGCCGGCGUUCCCCUCUGCCUCCACUAAACCCUUCCACCAACCACCAGAUAUGCUCAAGGCGUGGCCCGCAGCAGAGGGGCUGCGGAAUUCGCGCUUCUGUCUGAACGCGGCGGGAGUCACCCCUUCGUCCGCCCGCCUCUUUGACGCCAUUGCCAACCACUGUGUGCCAGUGGUCACUCCCUCUCUCCCUCCUUCCCUCUCCCUUCCCACCCAACAGGCAGCAGAGGGGCUGAGGAAUUCCCGCUUCUGCCUGAACGCGGCGGGAGACACCCCUUCGUCCGCCCGCCUCUUUGACGCCAUCACCAGCCACUGCAUGCCCGUUGUGAUCAGCAACAAGAUCGAGCUGCCUUUUGAGACGUCAAUAGACUAUUCAGAUUUCACUCUCUUCGUCUCCCAUGAGGGUUUAGGGUUUUGGGUACUCUCUGGAGACCAGAGGAGAGUCCCAUCACCAGCCACUCACUGCGUGCCGGUGGUCAUCAGCAACAAGAUCGAGCUGCCCUUUGAGACAUCGAUAGAUUACUCCGACUUCACGCUGUUUGUCUCACAUGAGGUGAGCCCUCUAUGUGUUUUGGGAGUGUCUCUAGAGGAGAGCCCCAUCGCCACUCACUGCGUGCCCGUGGUCAUCAGCAACAACAUCGAGCUGCCCUUUGAGACGUCCAUAGACUACUCCCACUUCACUCUCUUUGUCUCCUAUGAGGUGAGCCUCUCUCCAUCCCUGGACCCUGUGACUUGGGAAUCGUCGCUCUCUCUGAACUGGCUACGCUCUUUCUCCCGAUUCCCCACUCUCCCCUCCUCCAUCCCUGGACCCUGUGACUUGGGAAUGUCUCGAGCGUCGCUCUCUCUGAACUGGCUACGCUCUUUCUCCCGAUUCCCCACUCUCCCCUCCUCCACCCCUGGACCCUGUGACUUGGGAAUGUCUCGAGCGUCGCUCUCUCUGAACUGGCUACGCUCUUUCUCCCGAUUCCCCACUCUCCCCUCCUCCAUCCUUGGACCCUGUGACUUGGGAAUGUCUCGAGCGUCGCUCUCUCUGAACUGGCUACGCUCUUUCUCCCGAUUCCCCACUCUCCCCUCCUCCAUCCCUGGACCCUGUGACUUGGGAAUGUCUCGAGCGUCGCUCUCUCUGAACUGGCUACGCUCUUUCUCCCGAUUCCCCACUCUCCCCUCCUCCAUCCCUGGACCCUGUGACUUGGGAAUGUCUCGAGCGUCGCUCUCUCUGAACUGGCUACGCUCUUUCUCCCGAUUCCCCACUCUCCCCUCCUCCAUCCCUGGACCCUGUGACUUGGGAAUGUCUCUAGCGUCGCUCUCUCUGAACUGGCUACGCUCUUUCUCCCGAUUCCCCACUCUCCCCUCCUCCAUCCCUGGACCCUGUGACUUGGCAAUGUCUCGAGCGUCGCUCUCUCUGAACUGGCUACGCUCUUUCUCCCGAUUCCCCACUCUCCCCUCCUCCAUCCCUGGACCCUGUGACUUGGGAAUGUCUCUAGCGUCGCUCUCUCUGAACUGGCUACGCUCUUUCUCCCGAUUCCCCACUCUCCCCUCCUCCAUCCCUGGACCCUGUGACUUGGGAAUGUCUCUAGCGUCGCUCUCUCUGAACUGGCUACGCUCUUUCUCCCGAUUCCCCACUCUCCCCUCCUCCAUCCCUGGACCCUGUGACUUGGGAAUGUCUCGAGCGUCGCUCUCUCUGAACUGGCUACGCUCUUUCUCCCGAUUCCCCACUCUCCCCUCCUCCAUCCCUGGACCCUGUGACUUGGGAAUGUCUCGAGCGUCGCUCUCUCUGAACUGGCUACGCUCUUUCUCCCGAUUCCCCACUCUCCCCUCCUCCAUCCCUGGACCCUGUGACUUGGGAAUGUCUCUAGCGUCGCUCUCUCUGAACUGGCUACGCUCUUUCUCCCGAUUCCCCACUCUCCCCUCCUCCACCCCUGGACCCUGUGACUUGCGAAUGUCUCGAGCGUCGCUCUCUCUGAACUGGCUACGCUCUUUCUCCCGAUUCCCCACUCUCCCCUCCUCCAUCCCUGGACCCUGUGACUUGGGAAUGUCUCGAGCGUCGCUCUCUCUGAACUGGCUACGCUCUUUCUCCCGAUUCCCCACUCUCCCCUCCUCCAUCCCUGGACCCUGUGACUUGGGAAUGUCUCGAGCGUCGCUCUCUCUGAACUGGCUACGCUCUUUCUCCCGAUUCCCCACUCUCCCCUCCUCCAUCCCUGGACCCUGUGACUUGGGAAUGUCUCGAGCGUCGCUCUCUCUGAACUGGCUACGCUCUUUCUCCCGAUUCCCCACUCUCCCCUCCUCCAUCCCUGGACCCUGUGACUUGGGAAUGUCUCGAGCGUCGCUCUCUCUGAACUGGCUACGCUCUUUCUCCCGAUUCCCCACUCUCCCCUCCUCCAUCCCUGGACCCUGUGACUUGGGAAUGUCUCUAGCGUCGCUCUCUCUGAACUGGCUACGCUCUUUCUCCCGAUUCCCCACUCUCCCCUCCUCCACCCCUGGACCCUGUGACUUGCGAAUGUCUCGAGCGUCGCUCUCUCUGAACUGGCUACGCUCUUUCUCCCGAUUCCCCACUCUCCCCUCCUCCAUCCCUGGACCCUGUGACUUGGGAAUGUCUCGAGCGUCGCUCUCUCUGAACUGGCUACGCUCUUUCUCCCGAUUCCCCACUCUCCCCUCCUCCAUCCCUGGACCCUGUGACUUGGGAAUGUCUCGAGCGUCGCUCUCUCUGAACUGGCUACGCUCUUUCUCCCGAUUCCCCACUCUCCCCUCCUCCAUCCCUGGACCCUGUGACUUGGGAAUGUCUCGAGCGUCGCUCUCUCUGAACUGGCUACGCUCUUUCUCCCGAUUCCCCACUCUCCCCUCCUCCAUCCCUGGACCUUGUGACUUGGGAAUGUCUCGAGCGUCGCUCUCUCUGAACUGGCUACGCUCUUUCUCCCCAUUCCCCACUCUCCCCUCCUCCAUCCCUGGACCCUGUGACUUGGGAAUGUCUCGAGCGUCGCUCUCUCUGAACUGGCUACGCUCUUUCUCCCCAUUCCCCACUCUCCCCUCCUCCAUCCCUGGACCCUGUGACUUGGGAAUGUCUCGAGCGUCGCUCUCUCUGAACUGGCUACGCUCUUUCUCCCGAUUCCCCACUCUCCCCUCCUCCAUCCCUGGACCCUGUGACUUGGGAAUGUCUCGAGCGUCGCUCUCUCUGAACUGGCUACGCUCUUUCUCCCGAUUCCCCACUCUCCCCUCCUCCAUCCCUGGACCCUGUGACUUGGGAAUGUCUCUAGCGUCGCUCUCUCUGAACUGGCUACGCUCUUUCUCCCGAUUCCCCACUCUCCCCUCCUCCAUCCCUGGACCCUGUGACUUGGGAAUGUCUCGAGCGUCGCUCUCUCUGAACUGGCUACGCUCUUUCUCCCGAUUCCCCACUCUCCCCUCCUCCAUCCCUGGACCCUGUGACUUGGGAAUGUCUCGAGCGUCGCUCUCUCUGAACUGGCUACGCUUUUUCUCCCGAUUCCCCACUCUCCCCUCCUCCAUCCCUGGACCCUGUGACUUGGGAAUGUCUCGAGCGUCGCUCUCUCUGAACUGGCUACGCUCUUUCUCCCGAUUCCCCACUCUCCCCUCCUCCAUCCCUGGACCCUGUGACUUGGGAAUGUCUCUAGCGUCGCUCUCUCUGAACUGGCUACGCUCUUUCUCCCGAUUCCCCACUCUCCCCUCCUCCACCCCUGGACCCUGUGACUUGCGAAUGUCUCGAGCGUCGCUCUCUCUGAACUGGCUACGCUCUUUCUCCCGAUUCCCCACUCUCCCCUCCUCCAUCCCUGGACCCUGUGACUUGGGAAUGUCUCGAGCGUCGCUCUCUCUGAACUGGCUACGCUCUUUCUCCCGAUUCCCCACUCUCCCCUCCUCCAUCCCUGGACCCUGUGACUUGGGAAUGUCUCGAGCGUCGCUCUCUCUGAACUGGCUACGCUCUUUCUCCCGAUUCCCCACUCUCCCCUCCUCCAUCCCUGGACCCUGUGACUUGGGAAUGUCUCGAGCGUCGCUCUCUCUGAACUGGCUACGCUCUUUCUCCCGAUUCCCCACUCUCCCCUCCUCCAUCCCUGGACCCUGUGACUUGGGAAUGUCUCGAGCGUCGCUCUCUCUGAACUGGCUACGCUCUUUCUCCCGAUUCCCCACUCUCCCCUCCUCCACCCCUGGACCCUGUGACUUGCGAAUGUCUCGAGCGUCGCUCUCUCUGAACUGGCUACGCUCUUUCUCCCGAUUCCCCACUCUCCCCUCCUCCAUCCCUGGACCCUGUGACUUGGGAAUGUCUCGAGCGUCGCUCUCUCUGAACUGGCUACGCUCUUUCUCCCGAUUCCCCACUCUCCCCUCCUCCAUCCCUGGACCCUGUGACUUGGGAAUGUCUCGAGCGUCGCUCUCUCUGAACUGGCUACGCUCUUUCUCCCGAUUCCCCACUCUCCCCUCCUCCAUCCCUGGACCCUGUGACUUGGGAAUGUCUCGAGCGUCGCUCUCUCUGAACUGGCUACGCUCUUUCUCCCGAUUCCCCACUCUCCCCUCCUCCAUCCCUGGACCCUGUGACUUGGGAAUGUCUCGAGCGUCGCUCUCUCUGAACUGGCUACGCUCUUUCUCCCGAUUCCCCACUCUCCCCUCCUCCACCCCUGGACCCUGUGACUUGUCUCGAGCGUCGCUCUCUCUGAACUGGCUACGCUCUUUCUCCCGAUUCCCCACUCUCCCCUCCUCCAUCCCUGGACCCUGUGACUUGGCAAUGUCUCGAGCGUCGCUCUCUCUGAACUGGCUACGCUCUUUCUCCCGAUUCCCCACUCUCCCCUCCUCCAUCCCUGGACCCUGUGACUUGGGAAUGUCUCUAGCGUCGCUCUCUCUGAACUGGCUACGCUCUUUCUCCCGAUUCCCCACUCUCCCCUCCUCCAUCCCUGGACCCUGUGACUUGGGAAUGUCUCUAGCGUCGCUCUCUCUGAACUGGCUACGCUCUUUCUCCCGAUUCCCCACUCUCCCCUCCUCCAUCCCUGGACCCUGUGACUUGGGAAUGUCUCGAGCGUCGCUCUCUCUGAACUGGCUACGCUCUUUCUCCCGAUUCCCCACUCUCCCCUCCUCCAUCCCUGGACCCUGUGACUUGGGAAUGUCUCUAGCGUCGCUCUCUCUGAACUGGCUACGCUCUUUCUCCCGAUUCCCCACUCUCCCCUCCUCCACCCCUGGACCCUGUGACUUGCGAAUGUCUCGAGCGUCGCUCUCUCUGAACUGGCUACGCUCUUUCUCCCGAUUCCCCACUCUCCCCUCCUCCAUCCCUGGACCCUGUGACUUGGGAAUGUCUCGAGCGUCGCUCUCUCUGAACUGGCUACGCUCUUUCUCCCGAUUCCCCACUCUCCCCUCCUCCAUCCCUGGACCCUGUGACUUGGGAAUGUCUCGAGCGUCGCUCUCUCUGAACUGGCUACGCUCUUUCUCCCGAUUCCCCACUCUCCCCUCCUCCAUCCCUGGACCCUGUGACUUGGGAAUGUCUCGAGCGUCGCUCUCUCUGAACUGGCUACGCUCUUUCUCCCGAUUCCCCACUCUCCCCUCCUCCAUCCCUGGACCCUGUGACUUGGGAAUGUCUCGAGCGUCGCUCUCUCUGAACUGGCUACGCUCUUUCUCCCGAUUCCCCACUCUCCCCUCCUCCAUCCCUGGACCCUGUGACUUGGGAAUGUCUCGAGCGUCGCUCUCUCUGAACUGGCUACGCUCUUUCUCCCGAUUCCCCACUCUCCCCUCCUCCAUCCCUGGACCCUGUGACUUGGGAAUGUCUCGAGCGUCGCUCUCUCUGAACUGGCUACGCUCUUUCUCCCGAUUCCCCACUCUCCCCUCCUCCAUCCCUGGACCCUGUGACUUGGGAAUGUCUCGAGCGUCGCUCUCUCUGAACUGGCUACGCUCUUUCUCCCGAUUCCCCACUCUCCCCUCCUCCAUCCCUGGACCCUGUGACUUGGGAAUGUCUCGAGCGUCGCUCUCUCUGAACUGGCUACGCUCUUUCUCCCGAUUCCCCACUCUCCCCUCCUCCAUCCCUGGACCCUGUGACUUGGGAAUGUCUCGAGCGUCGCUCUCUCUGAACUGGCUACGCUCUUUCUCCCGAUUCCCCACUCUCCCCUCCUCCAUCCCUGGACCUUGUGACUUGGGAAUGUCUCGAGCGUCGCUCUCUCUGAACUGGCUACGCUCUUUCUCCCCAUUCCCCACUCUCCCCUCCUCCAUCCCUGGACCCUGUGACUUGGGAAUGUCUCGAGCGUCGCUCUCUCUGAACUGGCUACGCUCUUUCUCCCCAUUCCCCACUCUCCCCUCCUCCAUCCCUGGACCCUGUGACUUGGGAAUGUCUCGAGCGUCGCUCUCUCUGAACUGGCUACGCUCUUUCUCCCGAUUCCCCACUCUCCCCUCCUCCAUCCCUGGACCCUGUGACUUGGGAAUGUCUCGAGCGUCGCUCUCUCUGAACUGGCUACGCUCUUUCUCCCGAUUCCCCACUCUCCCCUCCUCCAUCCCUGGACCCUGUGACUUGGGAAUGUCUCGAGCGUCGCUCUCUCUGAACUGGCUACGCUCUUUCUCCCGAUUCCCCACUCUCCCCUCCUCCAUCCCUGGACCUUGUGACUUGGGAAUGUCUCGAGCGUCGCUCUCUCUGAACUGGCUACGCUCUUUCUCCCCAUUCCCCACUCUCCCCUCCUCCAUCCCUGGACCCUGUGACUUGGGAAUGUCUCGAGCGUCGCUCUCUCUGAACUGGCUACGCUCUUUCUCCCCAUUCCCCACUCUCCCCUCCUCCAUCCCUGGACCCUGUGACUUGGGAAUGUCUCGAGCGUCGCUCUCUCUGAACUGGCUACGCUCUUUCUCCCGAUUCCCCACUCUCCCCUCCUCCAUCCCUGGACCCUGUGACUUGGGAAUGUCUCGAGCGUCGCUCUCUCUGAACUGGCUACGCUCUUUCUCCCGAUUCCCCACUCUCCCCUCCUCCAUCCCUGGACCCUGUGACUUGGGAAUGUCUCGAGGUGAGAGUGCCAUCACCAGCCACUGCGUGCUUGUUGUGAUCAGCGUCGCUCUCUCUGAACUGGCUACGCUCUUUCUCCCCAUUCCCCACUCUCCCCUCCUCCAUCCCUGGACCCUUCCCAUCACCAGCCACUGCGUGCUUGUUGUGAUCAGCGUCGCUCUCUCUGAACUGGCUACGCUCUUUCUCCCGAUUCCCCACUCUCCCCUCCUCCAUCCCUGGACCCUGUGA